AUGACCAUUACAAAGGAAUUCAACGUGAGUGACAAGAAAGAGAGCCUCAAGAAGCCUGCCAGCCAAUACAGGCACCACACAGAGAGAACCCCUGCACGGGACACUGUCGAAAUGCCACAGGAGUUUACUGACGGGAAGAAGAAAGGGAAAAAGAGGAAAACCAAAGAACUGGAGCAGAGUACUGGAAAAAUGGCGCUAGAGUUUACUGACGGGAAGAAGAAAGGGAAAAAGAGGAAGGCGAAAGAACUGGAGCAGAGUACCGGCGAAGCGGCGCUAGAGUUUACUGACAGAGAAAAGAAAGCGAAAAAGAGGAAGGCAAAAGAACUGGAGCAGAGUAAUGGAAAAAUGGCGCUAGAGUUUACUGACGGAGAAAACAAAGGCAAAAAGAGGAAGGCGAAAGAACUGGAGCAGAGUACUGGUGAAACGGCGCUGGAGUUUAAUGACGGGAAGAAAGGAAAAAAAAGGAAGGCGAAAGAACUGGAGCAGAGUACUGGAAAAAUGGCGCUAAAGUUUACUGACGGAGAAAAAAAAGGGAAAAAGAGAAAAGCAAAUUAUCUGGAGCAGAGUACGGGAAAAAUGGCGCUAAAGUUUACUGACGGAGAAAAGAAAGGAAAAAAGAGGAAAGCGAAAGAACUGGAACAGAGUACUAGCGAAACGGCGCUAGAAUUUACUGACGAAGAGAAGAAAGGAAAAAAGAGGAAGGUGAAAGAACUGCAGCAGGAUACUAGCGAAACGGCGCUAGAAUUUACUGACGAAAAGAAGAAAGAAAACGGCACAAAGGCAAAAGAACUGCAACAAGACAAGGGCGGGAGUGUGCACGGGUCCGAUGAAGAGUGGGAACAAACGCUGCGUAGCCUCAUAGACGCAUUUGAUCGCCUGGAAAUUAAAGAAGAACCACAACCAGAGAUUAAAGUCGCUGACAGCGAAAGAUUUGCCGUCUUGCCCGCCGUGAAGAGCAAGAAGACUGAAGGCGAGACCGAUGAUGAGAGUAAAGACUUGAGUGAUAGUGUUGAGUUUACACAGAGACGAGCAUGCGAUGAUCAGUCUGUCGUGGAGGAUAACAAAGACGAGGAUAACAUGGACUGUAAUGAUGAUGAUGAACACAUAUGCUUAUUGUUAGGUGAUAAGUCUGUGUGCUUACUACAUGAUGAUGAAUGUACAUCUGAUGAUGAUGAUGAUGACUCCACAUGUUUACUGCAUGAUGUUGAGUCCACAUGCUCAGAUGAUGAUGAUUAUCCUGCAUGUUUAAUUGCCAAUGAAGAUUCAGCAUGCUCAAUGGCUGAUGUAGAGGCCAAGGCCUUGACUGAUGAUGUACAGGCCGAGAGUGUAAAUGAUGAUGUGGAACUAACAGGCUUAGGUGAUGCAGGGCCUGUAACCACAGAUGAUGAUGUGGAACCAACAGGCUUAGGUGAUGCAGUGCCUGUAGCCAAUGAUGAUGAUGUGGAAUUAACAAAUUUAACUGAUGCAGAGCCUGUAAUUAAAGAUGGUGAUCUAGAACCAACAGGUUUAGGUGAUGCAGAGCCUGUAGCCAAAGAUGAUGAUGUGAAACUAACAGGCUUAUGUGAUGCAAAGCCUGUAACUAAAGAUGAUGAUGUGGAACUAACAGGGUUAAGUGAUGCAGAGCGCGUAACCAAAGAGGAUGAUGUAGAAUUAACAGGCUUAGGUGAUGCAGAGCGCGUAACCAAAGAGGAUGAUGUAGAAUUCAUGAGCUUAGGUGAUGCAGAACCUGUAACCAAAGAUGGUGAUGUGGAAUUCAUGAGCUUAGGUGAUGCAGAGCCUGUAACCAAAGAUGGUGAUGUGGAACUAAAAGGAUUAGGUGACGCACAGCCUGUAACCAAAGAUGAUGAUGUGGAGUUCAUGGGCUUAGGUGAUGCAGAGCCUUUAACCAAGGACGAUGUAGAACACAUGGAAGAAGAAUGUGAAGAGCUCAUGGACUUGGGUGAUGAUGUAGAUCAUAUUGAAGCCAUGAAAACAGAAUAUGUUGAGCCUAUAGGCCGAGACUCUAUGAAGCACCGAAUGGACGGGAAGAGGCCUUGCCUGAUGGAGAGGCGAGACCACAUGGUGAGCUACGACAGGAAGGGACGUCGCUGUAUGAAGUGGCGAGAUGACUUGGAGGCCGAAGGUCUUGUGAAAGGGUACCAUCUCUUAGAGCGACGAGACUAA